AUGUCCCUAGAGGUCACAGGGGUGUCCCCGGAGGUCCGAGACGACUGCGAGGAGCAGGCGCUCUGUGGUCCUUCUCACCAGUCCCUUCUUUGCAGGCACGGCUGCCGGACGGUCAUCGCAAGCCGGAACCUGCAGCGAGUGUCGGAGGCCUCUAAAAAUCUGGUGGCGGCUACGGGCCAGCAGUGCCUGCCUCUGUCCAUAGAUGUCAGGCAGCCCCAAACCAUUGUGGCAGCGGUGGAUGAGGCACUGAAAGAGUUCAAGCGGAUUGACAUCCUCGUUAACGGUGCUGCAGGAAACUUUCUGUGCCCAGCCAGCGCCCUGUCCUUCAACGCCUUCAAAACAGUGAUAGAUAUCGACACCAUUGGCACCUUCAACACCUCCAAAGUCCUCUUUGAGAAAUAUUUCCGGGACCACGGUGGGGUCAUCGUUAACAUCACGGCAACCCUGAGCUACCGAGGGCAGGCCCUCCAGGUGCAUGCUGGUACUGCUAAGGCUGCCAUAGAUGCCAUGACCCGUCACCUUGCUGUGGAGUGGGGACCCAACAACAUCCGAGUGAACAGCUUGGCGCCGGGCCCCAUUACAGGCACCGAGGGCUACCGGCGGCUGGGUGGGAAGUUUGCCGAGGAAGCAAGCCAGUUCGACAUGAUCCCGCUCCAGCGUGCAGGGAACAAGACGGAGAUCGCCCACAGCACGCUGUACCUGGCGAGCCCCCUCUCCUCCUACAUCACGGGCACCACCCUGGUCGUGGACGGCGGGAGCUGGCUGACCUCUGCCAACAACUUCCCCGCCUUGCUGGAUUUCUGGGCUGCAGGAGCAAACAAAAAUCAGUGACGGACAGCCUGGGAUUGACCGAUGGACGGAAACGCGACCGAACACUGCUGCUCUGGGACAUCUCGGGGUGACGUCUCCCAGAGUCGGAGCCGAUAGCUGCCGCCUCUGAUCAGCGACUGGUGGUGGUGGUGACGCUGCUGAUCCUGCGUCCGCCUGGGGGAGGGAGCACCGGGGGUGCUGGGUGGGGGGCAAGCCCACCCUCGUUCUGUGCCGCUACUUUCUUCUGAGCUGACGUGGCUGAGGGUGCAGGGACAGCGCGGGGCGUGCAGGCUGUGAUGUUCACUGUCAGUUUGUGUCUCCCUCCAAGUUGCUCUCCUGGCCUUUCCCGAGUCCCCGGCAGUGCCGCCCAUGGAUAUCCGUCCUUGUCCUCCCCUCUCCCCCAUCUCAGCCCGAGAGCUGCCCAAGACCCCCAGAAGCAGCUCCUUUUUUGGGAGGGGGGAGUAGUUCAGCCCGUCUGGGGUUGAGAUCGGCCUUCGUGCUGGGGGCAGCUCGGGCUUGGCAGCAGUAGCUGGCGGCUCUUGGAGGGGAAACAAGGACCAAGCUGGCCCCUGGCAGGGGGAAACGGCCCCGUCCCCUUG